UUAAUCUCGCGUGAUUCUCGCAGUGCCCGACUGACGUCCAUUUUCAUUCGAUUGAUAAACGCCUCGGCAAGAUUCUCCAUCUCCGCCGAACACCUUCUCACGUGCGCACUGAUCGGUCAAUCUCUCCACUGUAGACUCGGCCGUUCGAUGAUACUUCCUCUCUCUUUCUCUCUCCCUCGCAGGUAUAUAACUCUUUGCAGCGAGUCUCUCGAUCAAGACGCAACGCGGUAGUUUUCCAAGACGUACAUUGUGUAUAUGCCAUCGCGCGAGCGCGGAUUUCGGGGGAGUGUUUUGCUUCCGCUGCGCGCGUUUAAUCGGAUUGCCUUAGUGACGUCAGAGAGACGAGCAAGCGGAGGAACACUUGCGCACGCGGCUUUUAAAUCCGGCGGCGUUAUGCACUUGCGGCCGGGGGCCCUUCCGACCUCAGGUUGUUGAAUACAGAUGCCGCGUGCGGGAUUACUUGCGCGGUCGAUUGUCGCUCCGGCUUUUAUUUACGGCACGUAGUUGGGCUAUCGAGCGAGGUUUUGCUAAUAAUUCGAUUUAUCGCGUUCUCGCUCUCGGGGGGAUUCGUCGAAUUGCUAUCUAAAAAUAUUCUCACGGAAAAAAAGCGAAUAAUAUUAGUGGAGCCGCGCUCUGGAAUUCAAUUCGGAGUUUAUCAAACAUACACGAGCGAGAGCGAGAGAGGCGUUCGAUCGGCGCGUCCCUCCUGCUCCCUUCGACCUUGAGGCGGUGAAUGAGGUCAAUUAUUGUGUUUGGUAUACCUUCGCCUAUGGGGGUGGCUUUCCCGGCGUGACCCAAAAACUCGGCUCGGCUUUUCAAUCAACGUCUCACUCACGCUUGUGUCUAUUCACUCUGGGAUAACAGGGCCAGCAGCGGUAGCAGCAGUAGCGCAAAGAAGAACGCCGGCAAAGCGAAGCGCUCAACCCUUUCGAGCUACCUGCGCCCGUUUCGUAUGGGUAUAGAGAACCCAAGUGAAAGUCCAGCGUACACACAGACGCAGAGCACAGGACAUAGCAGCAGUACACGCAUAUAUACGGAGAGACGGAAGAGUCAACCCGCGCGUGACGGUUGGCAACGCGGUAGACCUGCUGGCGAACCGUGACCGUCAGUUUCGGAGCGAGCGAGUCGAAAGAUAAACAGAGAGAGAGAGAGAGAGAGCGAGAGUUGCGCGCGCGAACGAGAGAGAGAGAAAAAGAGAGCGAGCGUCGAGCCAGGGCUGGCAGCCAGCAGAGCGCGCAUGAGGCAGAGCAGCAGCAGCCAGAGGAGAAAGAGCGGAGCGGAGCAGUUGUCGCGACGCACGAGAGAGACGCGCGCGCGCCGAGGACGACGACGUCGCAAAGUGUGUGUGUGUGAGAGAGAGCAGCCGGAUGCGGACGACGACGUCGCGGUAGACUCCUCCAUGCCAAGGCCGCGAGGAUAGCGCCUGGGAAUAACGAGGGAGAGUGCGAGAGUGCGGUGAAGAGAGUGUGCGCGCGCGAGGUGGUGCCGAGAGAGAGAGAGAGAGAGAGAGACGUCGAGGAAGAGUCGCAGCGCCAAGCCAGACACACGGUAAUGAAGCAGCAGUGCAGCUCCGCGGCGGCGGCGGCCGAGCUGCUGCUGUUUCGCCAGGCAUCCUGCUUCUUUCCUCCAAGGGACGACUGCCCGACUCGCAUGCUGGAUCAAAACGUAUUGGCGGACUUAGAGGAGCUGACCCUGUGCAGCUACUGCAAACAAAAGUACAACGACACGGAGCAGUGUCCCAAGUUUCUUAGCUGCAAGCACUACUUUUGUUUGCGCUGCAUAGAGAACAACCUGCUGAAGGGCAGAGAGCUGUUCUGCGCCCACUGCUGGAAGCGAACGGAGCUCGGGGACCAGGGGCCUGACGCCUUGCCAACUUACACGUCGCUACUGACGCUGGCCAACAAUUUUUCUCACCUCAAACUCACCCAGAACAAUGUCGCCGUCAAGACCAUCGAGAAGGAGAGAAAGAGCGAAAAUUGCCAUACCCACGGAAUGCCGCUCGCCCUCUGGUGCGGGACUUGUUGCACGUCACUCUGUCGAGCCUGCGCGACGCCCCAAGAGCAUCCUGGCCACCAAGUUAAAUCACAGAUUGAUGCUAAAGAGCAACUUAUGUCGGAUGUUCAAUUGGAAUUGGCAGCAAUGGGCAAGCUCUCGACGGAGAUCCAGCGGCUGGCGAUGCAGCAACGCGAAUUUCUCAUCAAGGUUCUCGAGGCCUGCGUUACCCUGAAGACCCACGUGGAGACGGACCUUCAGAACGGCUGGAGCCACUUCCCCGAGAUAACGGACUCGCGCGAAACCAUCGGCAAAGCUAAAACUUCCUUGCAGCUGUCCGAAGGACCUGCCGAAAUCUAUACCCUGCACACCGAGCUCUUGAUCGAGAAGCAGAGGCUACAAAACAAGUAUCAGGAGAUGAUGCUGCAGUGUCAGCUCGACGACCUCAUCGGAAAUUCCGGGGUCGUCUUCGAUUUUGCUCUGCUCAAGCAGGCGGUGGCCGGUAUACAUUCGGGCGAGCCACUCGUCGCGCAGCCCGGUAACGGAGGGCGCCUGCCAAAUCAUAUAGCCGCCUCUCAGAAUCCGAUUCUCUUUCUCGCCAAUUAUUGCAUGUCCCAGCUUUACUCGAGGCACGUCGUCAGCAAGCAACAACAUCUCCAGAACGGUUCGAUCGAAUACCAUAUACCGGCCCAAGUUGCCGCGGUCCACGUGGCCCCGCCAGCUAUACCACCACCGCCUCCGCAGCAGCAGCAGCCUCCCCAACCGCCGCAACCUAUACCUCAACAACAGCAGCAGCAGCAGCAGCAACAGCAACAACAGCAGCAGCAACAGCAGCAGCAGCAACUGCUGAUACCGCCCGGCUCGCCUUCCGUAAAGCCUGCAGUGGCGCAGCCGCCCAACGCCAUACUCCAACAGACGGCCACGAGUUUUAUGAGUCCAGCUGAAGCUGCUGCUGCUGCAGCUGCCGCAGCCGCGGCUAAUGCCAAUAACGCUAGCCUCGUGCCUGUGCACUCGCCCCAGCAGCCGCCGUCCAACCUGAGGGGCCCGUCCAACCCUUAUCCCAUGUACUACUUUAACAUCGAGGUGAACAACGCGCCGCACGGUCGGAUAGUGAUCGAAGUCAGACCGGACGCAGCGCCCAAGAUGGCUAAGAACUUUAGCGUUCUCGCCACAGGCGAAGUAGGCGUAGGCUACAAGGGCUGCACAAUCUUCCAAUGCUGGGAAGGCGAGAGCGUGAUCACCGGAGAUUUCGAGUUAAACAACGGCCGCGGCGGCAGAAGCAUCUUCGAGGACGGAUACUUCAUGCCAGACGAUACCAAGUUCCCGGCGGUGAGAGGCGCGGUGGGCAUGAGGAGGACCCAAAAGAGACACGACAAUCUCGGCAUGGUCGGUUCGCAGUUUCGCAUAAUACUGCAGGAGAUGAGGGGAUUCACUGGCAUCUUCGGCCACGUCGUUGAGGGUCUCGAUCUCAUCGAGAAAAUAUCGACCUAUGGCGACCAAACUGGCAAGCCAACCAAGACCAUCCUCAUCACCAAGUGCGGCAAGCUGUAACGAAGGCUCGACGUCGACGAGGCCUUCGCCUUUUAGAUUAUCUUUUUUUCCUUUCUACUCUACAAAUCUAAUUUUUUUGUUCUUUUUCGGAAAAUUACAAGAUCGACGAUGAUGCGGUAGAUGAAACGUUUCUGUACGGGGCGAAUUCGAUUAGGCAGACACGCGGAAGUUCGUGGGUAUACUUCAGUCGCAGAUGCAAUGAAAUAAUGUUUCAUUUUUUCCAAGGAUUAAAAUAAAUACGAAGAUACUCGUUCUAACAUCGAUUUUUGUCGUCGAACGGUAUUUGCGCUUUAUUUAUUUUUCGCUUUAUAUCCAAACGUGCUCGCGCCAGCUGCUCGCCUGAAGUAUCGCCUACGAAUUCCGUGUAACGUGUUUAUAUGAGUAGGACGAUGAUUUUCGAUGACGAUUAAUGAAUGAUUAAUUGCAGGAGAAGCAACAUUUUUCCGAAGAUUUUCGUAUAAUCUCGCACGCGCGCGCGCCGAAUUUUAUCGAAUCAUUACGUUGAAAGGGAGAAAACGUAGAAAACCGGGGAAGAGUCCAUUUUUUGCGCAAGUGGGAGAAAAAACGAUGUCCGCGAGUAUUUAAACGUUUAGAGUCUCUAAAGAGGUUGAAAUCUAUUUUUAAAGCGUGAACAAGUUUAACGAAAAACAUAAAUAAAGGUAAAAAGAUAUCGAGAAGAUCGGCGAUUAUUGAAACAAAAGACGUAAUUAUUGAGAUGACGAUAGUAGAUGACAAAUAUCGAUAUUUUCCUAACGAAAGCGAGUCGAGUUCUAUUGUAACGGUUAAUAAGAUAAAAUACGAUACAUAUAAACACAAACGUACGCGCAUAUAUACGCAUAUAUACAUUUAGAGCGUGAGAGAUACUAAGUAAGAAAAAAUAAAUAAAAAGUAACAAACUCUUGUCUAAACGCGAACCACGCGAAAAUUUUUUGGACCGACGCAUAUACACGUACCUCAGAUCGAUGCGACUCCUAGUUAGAAAAAAUGCGGUAAAUUGUUUUAGCUGAUGACGACGAGAGAAAGAGAGAAAAAGCUACGCGUUAAGCUCCGGGGUUUAUUUUCGCUAUCGUAUACGUAUAUUGGUAUUAUACACUGAUACACGUAAUAGUUGAAAUAUAACUUAAUGAAGUUAAUGAUGCAGAAAAAAAAAUUAAAAAAAAAAUAUUAAUGAUCGUGCGUUAUACGAUUAAAUACAUGGCGCAGACACGAGUACCUUUCGUUAUUUUAUCAACGCAUUUUGUUAAUUUCACGCACGUAUCGCUAUUAUGUAUUUAAUAGUGUCCGAUAACAGGUAAAACGAAUGGAUAAAUGCGCAUGUUAUUAUUUUUCUAACGAUUUAAUAUAAUAAAACGAACUACAAAAACAAAUGCAACAAUCUUAUGUUUACCAAUGCUUUUCGAUUGAAAAAAUUCCAUAUGUACAACUGUCUGGAGUAAGUAUCGAUACUGCUCUCGGUAAAAAUCUGAAUAUUACAGAAAUAGUCGAUUUUUCUCACGUUUGAACGCCAUGUGGUGUUCGUGCUAAUAUGAAAGGUCUAUUGAAAAGUAGUGGAAGAUACUCGAGCCUGAUGAUGCGGUACUUGUAAUGAUAAAUAUAUAAAAACGCUACCCGUAGAAGUUAAUCGUUAGCCACGACACGUGCAAGUGUGGGGGAUAAAUAUGAAUUAUUAAGAUGAAUAUUGUAAACGAAGUAUAAAAAAAAUAUAUACACUGGGCGAUCGAGCACACUCACACAUAUAUACAUAUAUACACAUAUAUAUAUAUAUAUACACAAUAUAUAUUAUAUAUAUUUUUAGACAGGACUUGUAUGUUUUUUGGCCGAAGAAAGCAAUCGCGCGCGUGGCUCAGCGUUGAGAGUCCGAGGAAAACAGGAGAUAUUAAGAAAAGAAAAAUUGCUAAACAAACAAACAAAUAGAUAAGGAAAGCUCGUGUAUCCUUCCAGAGGCAAGACGCGGAUUGAGAGACCGCCACACAGGGAGCAGCGCGUAUAUAUAAAUAUAAUUAUAUUAAUGUGAUGACUACGCAGCGAAAUAGUGCGUAAACUUUAGUUAGCGACAAAGCGGAAGAGACGCGAACGUGCUGUAUUAGAUGAAGGAACCCGAAUGAAAAUAGUCUGUCUGAGAGGAAAGAUACGAUAGAACGUCAGUCCCUAUACCGAUCAGCUCUCGAUCUAGUUUUGCUCUCCAUUAAACUAGCGAGCCUCUAAUGUUAUAUUCGCGUAUUUAAAGCUGACAAUUAUACAAGUGGAAGUAAACGUAACACGAUGUAACCGGAAGUUAAACACGAAGUUAGUAGAUCUCACAAGUACACACAAUCUCACACGUACACAAACACCCUGCGUAUAUAUGUUGAUUACUAGUAGGACUGAGAUGGAGAUAGAGAGUGAGAACGAGGAGAAGCCGCAAGUGAUUCAAGCGAAAAGUAACUGAACCGAGCAAAGUAAGGCCUAUAAACAAAACGGAAAAUACAAGCGAAAAACGAGUUGCCGAGAGAAUGGAAGAAAGUUUACGAAAUGCCGCGCGUUUUCGAGAGAACGAUCGUCACUCACACACACACACACACACAGCGAGCCGAUUCACGGGAAAAAAACAAAUUUACGAAGAAAAUAUAGGUAUAUCGUCGUGUGUCCUUAAUAGAGUGCAUGUUUUAACGCAAGUGUGUCUACGAGUUUAAACAAACAAAAAUAUAGCAUAGGUGCGAGCGAUGCGAUAAGGUAUACGUAUAAUAAAAGAUUGAGCGCGCAAAACGAGAAACCCUCGUCUCGAGAGACAGGCGAGCAACGGAGUCGAAGAAGCGAACACAUUGUCACGCGACAAUGAUGCGUUUUCUCGAGCGAGCGAGUAAAAUUUUUCCGUUUCGAAAAAGGGUUUUUAGAUGAGUGUUUUUGUCGAUUGAUACGAACAUGAAAUGAAAGAUUUAAUGAUUAAUGAAGACAAAACUACGCAGACGCACGUGUACGAAAAAGUCUGUGUAUUUAACGGAAUCAUUCCUCGAUGCUGUAUAUCGAAAAUACUACGAUUAUGUAAUAUGUUAUGUGCUACUCAUAUGUAAAUCCUCGUAAAUCCCAUCGUUAUUGUACUAUAUACCACGAAAUACGAUAAAAAAAAAUGACAAAAAAGAAAAUAUUGUACAAGUAUACAAAAAACGUUCGAAAGAGUAAAGGGAGCGAUAAAGCGCUACACAAUAAUUUAAAAAUAAAAAAUGCCACACACAUAAUAAUACACGAGUAUGCCGCGUUUUAGGGUGAAAAAAAAAGAAAAAGAGAGAGAGAAAGCGAGACAGAUACUACUGCUACACUACCUAACUACAACUGUGUAUACCGUAUCCACAGAACGCGUUUAAACGAUUGUAACUAUUUAAGCGAAUGACAACGAGCCACCUUAAACAAUGUUCUGGGAGAUGAGUAAUCAUUAUAUAAAGUACGUGAGCGUUGAAUGAGUAAUUAAAAAAAAAACUAUUGUUCGGUGAUCGUGAAAGAGGCAAAGGAGUUUUAUAUAUACAGUAUGAAAAAAAAGAGAAGAAUCGCUUUCUUUUAGCUCGCUUUUUCGAAUAAAAAGCUCUCCAUCGCCGAUGUCCGAUAGAGAAAGUCGCUCGUCUUUUUUCCACAACAUUCCGUAAGAUAGUCUUCCAAUAAAAUUUAAGUUUACAAACUGACAAAACAGAUUUAAAGCUAUCUUGUCCAGCAACAAUACAGUAACGCGAAAACGUCUCUUUCACGGUCACUUUUAGUAGAAAAGACAGCAUACAAGUAUUUGCACAUUUUUAAAACGAAAAUUUUGUCUCUUUCUCUCUCAAGACGAGCUUCUAAGGUGGCUCCGUUUACCAUAAAAAAAAACGUAUCGAUGCAAGCAUAUUCUCGUCGAGAUUAGUCGUAGAAAAAAAACAGAUCGUCGCGAGAGAAUGCCUUCUAAAGAAGAGAACCUCAUUCGAUGUUGAACUUAAAAGUUUUAACGCUGUUAAUUGUGUAUCUGACUAAAUAAUUGUGUAUCGCGCGGCGCAAUGGCGAUUACGAUGAAAAAUCGAGAGCGAAUUGUAACAAAUAAUAAUUUGAACAAUUCGGCUAGAGCCGAGAGUAAACAAAAAAAGAAGACCGUGCCGAAUAAAAUAAAUGUUUGGAAGCGACGAAUGUAACGCCCGUUUAGACGAUAAAAACGUAAUUGUGCAAGAGCGCGCGAACGAAGAGUAUAAGAAAAAAAAUCCGUAUAAAAAAAUACAAACACAAGCGUUGCUCGAACGAUAAGUUUCUCUUCUUGAUUUCGGUUUUCAUAUGUAUAUUGUAUAAGCCGUGAAAAACGCGCGUUUGACGACGAAAUAUUGUAACUACGUAUGAAGUUGUAUUUAAAAAUGACGAUUAUUAAAAAAAAAAAAAAAAAAUGACGUAACCACGAGUCUCUUUAUCACAGGAAAAAGUAAACAAAUUAAACGACACUAAGGCAAAGGAGAAACCAUGAGUAUAAGCCACCUGUAUAUAUAUUUUUAUGAAGUUGACGAGGCAACAACACAUAGCUUGUAAUAAAUGACGCGAUUUCGAAGCCGUUUUUUCCCUCUUCCCGAGCAACAACAAAAUUCACCGAUUUCUGUUCUCGUAUGAUCACGAUAUACACUUGCGAUGAACUUAAAUUGUAUACUAUACAUAUAUCUGAAGACAACAGUCUUGCUUGGUUUUUACUCUCCGACGAAACACGAGAGUAUACGAGGGCCAUUAAUAAUUAUUACGUUCUUUUUGUUCCUGAUCCAUCGACUUUGGGUCUAUUCCUCCAUGGGCUAACGCGUGAACGCCGGUGGAGCGCAUAUUCGGUACGAAUUAGUUGUUUAAUUGCGAUUCAAGUUUACGCUCGUUACCCAAGUUAAUGUACUUUUAGAUCGUCAAUUUUCAGUUAUGAAUUCAUUUCUUCGUGCAAACAAAA